CAUCGAUGCGUGUCAUCCACGCAUACAUAUACUAUAUGUACACAUAUAAGCGUACUUAAGUGCGUGUGCACCGGUCACGACGCAACAGGAUCCGUGUCUUCUCGGCUGCAGUUUAGAGCCCCGUCGCACACAUCUCGCUCGUUCUCGCUUCGUAACCACCUACACCGUAAUCGCACCGCUCGCGCUCUUCGUUUCUCUCGUGUGCAUCGGUUCAUUCAUCUACGUCGCCAUGUCAUGCGUAACGCAUCUACACGCACACGUACACGACGCUUCGCGCGGUCAAGCCCGACGACGACGACGACGACGAUUUACGCGGUCAAGCCCGACGACGACGAUUGUGAAUGAAAUAGUUAGGUCUGUCAGUACCAACUAUCACGUCGUUCCCGGCGUACACGGUGCCUCAUUCUUAGAUUUUAUCUAAAUCGUCGUGCACGUUAUGCGUAAGGCAUAGUAAGUGGCCGCGAAAAGCGAUAUUAGUCCGACCUAAAGGUCGCGGAUCAUUCAAGGCUUGAAAUCGUUCCAAUCUUGUGAUAGCGUGGAGAGACGACCGAUAACGAAUAUGAAGUAAUCGACCUUGCGAUAACAGUAAUGAACGAAAGAUGCGCUGUGAUCUAAAUAUAAUUACAAUAUAUGAAAUGCUGGAUUGAAGAAUGAUUCCAGUUACUGCAAAGUUUCGUCACUUCGCGAGCGUCGAAUUUAUUGCGCCAACUAGUUUUGGACGCUCGAUGUAAUUUAUAUCUGCAUUCCAAUCGUUCGAGGAUUCUUCUUUCAAGAUACCCGGAUAAAAGCGGAGUGGUCGUUCCAUUUCGCUACGUCCACUUCGGCGAGUAAAAAGACAUAACAAGCAAGUUUAUCGCAGCAUCGCAUGAAUCAUCGAGUGAAAAUCGAAUGAGUGCUCCACGUGCGCGAUUGUCAAAAUGCAAAACAGCACCGCGGACUCUACGACCGCGACGAACGAGCGCGUCAUCGUCCGGUGCAGCUGACCAUCGUUGAUCCUCCACAGGAAGUUACCUUUCUUCGACUGGCACAUCGCUGGAUUCAUAUUUCGAUUUUUGCCGUGAUUAACCGACAGCAGUUCUUCAGAGAAUCUAAUCAACGAGAGAAAAGAGGGAGAGAUAGUUGUUUUCUCCCGGCAUAAUUAUAUAAUUUACGUUAUUUGCGUCCUGAAAUACAACUCUCGUCGUCGUUACCGUCGUUGCCGUCGUCGUCGUCGUUGUCGGCGGCGCGAGCCUUAUCAUUCUCAAAGAAGAAUGGCUAUAUAUUUACGGCAACGAGUUUCACGCAGCCCUCAGUAGAAAGAUGAUAGAGGGCCAGGUGCAUCAACAUCCGGUACGAGUGCCGCCCGACAAGUCACAAUCAUCCCAGACUGCCAAUACCGGCAUCAAGUUCGAAAAUGAGCAAUGUAAGGAGCCUCUGCUUCUGGAGAAGCAAAACUCCCACAAGAUGACAUCGACCGAUGACCGCUCGCGGACCACUUCAGAGUCGAAGGACACUAACAGCAAUGGACAGGCGACCACGGUAAAUUCCACUAUCAGCGGUGGACACAAUAUCGAGGACUGCUUCGAGGUGACCAUCUUCGACGAGGGUGCCGAUGGCGGCCGGCUGCCGGAUGUUGUCGCCGAGAGUAAAAUCUACGUAGCUGAUGAGAACGAACCGCUCGAAUCGUACUUGGCGAUCACUAUCCAAGUCUUCAUACCUUUCCUCAUCGCCGGCUUGGGCAUGGUGGGCGCCGGAUUAGUUCUCGACCUAGUCCAACACUGGGAAGUUUUCGAGAAAGUUAACGAACUCAUGAUUCUGGUACCAGCACUUUUGGGACUGAAGGGUAAUUUAGAAAUGACCCUCGCAUCACGUCUUUCUACUCAAGCGAAUCUCGGACACAUGGACUUGCCGAAGGAACAAUGGCACAUGAUCAUUGGGAAUCUCGUCUUAAUACAGUGCCAAGCAAUAGUGGUAGGCUUCCUGGGUUCCGUGGUGGCGAUCGUGAUGGGUGCCUUUCGCAACGGCACAGUCUCCCUAGAUCACGCCUAUCUGCUAUGUGCUAGCAGUCUGGUCACCGCGUCCCUCGCUUCCUUUGUUUUGGGUCUUAUUACCGCGGGAGUAAUCGUCUUCUCCCGUCAUUGCAAUAUCAAUCCGGAUAACGUGGCUACGCCGAUAGCCGCCAGUCUCGGCGAUAUCACAUCCUUGACACUUCUCUCUUGGAUCGCCACCGUGCUCUACGAAUCUAUAGACAAACAAGACUGGGUAGCGCCCCUCGUUAUAGCCUGCUACAUCCUUGUGACACCACUCUGGGUGUGGAUCGCUAAGAAGAACAAGUACACCAACGACGUGCUUUAUUUUGGUUGGACGCCAGUCAUGGUGGCUAUGUUAAUCAGCAGUUGCGGCGGUCUUAUACUAGAAUUUAUGGUAUCGCGUUUCGAAAAUCUGACGGUGUUUCAACCGGUCAUCAAUGGAGUUGGCGGGAAUCUGGUGGCCGUCCAAGCUAGCAGAAUAUCAACGGCGCUUCACAAGCAAGCCGAACUUGGCACGCUUCUAAUACCACCGGGACACACGCAUCCCGUCAUCUUUAUCACUCCUAUCGCUAAUUUCUUCGGGAAAGGUAUACAUGCCAGGACGACGAGAGUCUUGAUGACGAUGGUGAUACCGGGCCACAUCAUCUUCAUUUACUUGAUUAAUUACAUGAAAGACGGCAAUACGUCGAUGACGCCGCUAUUCGUCUUCGUUUACCUCUGCGCAGCAAUGCUACAGGUCGCGGCGCUCCUCUAUAUCGCUUACAUAAUGAUCCACUGGAUGUGGAAACGAAAGAUCGAUCCCGACAACUCAGCGAUACCGUAUCUGACCUCGAUGGGUGAUUUGCUCGGGAUCAGUCUGCUUGCGAUUGCCUUUCAAUUUCUGUACCUGGUCGGAGAUCAAGAUUUCGACGCGCCCUGACCGUAGAAGUCAUAAAUUAUAUAAUGUUUUCCGGCGAACGACGGGCACAAGUUAGAGAGCUGUCGGACUGAAAGGGCAUUCCUAUAAGGCUGUGGUCGUCUGAAAGUAUAUUCCACCGAACGCUAUCUUCGAUCUGCCAGUCCACCAAUGAGUCUCACAAGGACGGAUGGUCGCGGUAUUUAUUUGACAAAGUAUUAACAAUUCGUCAUUUUUUUAUCUCGCCUUUUUGUCAAGAAAUUAAGAUUAAUCAUCAAAUAUAUCGAGAAUCCCUCUUCAUAUUUUGCGAAAACUUAUUCGUCGAAUUAUUUUCAACAGAAUCUUGUCUGAUAUCUCAGUAUUUGAUAAUUGAUAAAUUUCUAAAUGCAAAAUAAAAGUAAUGGAUCGUUAAUGCUUUGUCAAGUCAAACGGGCAUACUCAGGUUUUAAUUAGGUACUAAUAUAUCAGAAGAUAAAGGUUGGUAUACUGAUUAUAGCUACUAAUAUAUUAAAAGAUAAAAGAUCAGUAGUACGUGGCAAAUUAAUUCGUCGAAUAAAAAUUACGAUUGAAUUUUUGCAAAUAAUGUUAUCUUCAAAGUUUAAGUCUAAAAUUUGAAAAUUAAUUUCUGAAAAAAACGGCCGAUAGAUAAAGAUAAUAAAUAGCAUUAAAUUAAUUAUUUACUAAAUAACAACAAUAAUUUCGUGAACGAAUUUUUCGACAAUAUAUGUUUGGCAAAAUAUCUCCCGAGCAUAACUCAAAGCCUAAGACUUUGUUAAUCAUAGCUUAGGUAUAUUUUAAAAUUUAAGAACAAAAUUCUCGUAAACUAAAGGAAAAAAAUUGAAACAAAGAUUAUCGUAUUUUCUGAAAAUGGAAUGGAAUAGAGUCUACAAAAAUAUACAUAAAUAUAUAAAAAAUUGCAAUCGUGAAGAUUGCGCUUAAUAUUAUAUAGUUCCGUAGACUCUCAUUCAUUUUUUUGAGCUCAGCGAGAAUUCUGAUUCUUCCAUCAAACACGUAAAUAAAAAAGUACGUGUAAUCAUAUUACCAAUUGUGCAUGUGUCUUCGAAUAGUUGCCUUCGUAUACGACGAAAUUUAGAUAAGUAUUUAGAAGCUGCCACGCGAUCUAUUUUUGGAAGCUUUAGAAGCGUUCUCGGAUUUGCUCUAAAAUACAGGAAUACUCGCUACAUAAAUUAUCUUAACUUUUGCGGUGCAGUUAAUUAAAAUUUAGUCUUCCUUGUGCAUACAAGCAAUUCUAAUCUCCAUUUUUUUUAUAAUUUUUGGAAUUAUUUGUUUAAAAUAUUCAAAAAAGUCUUGUAUUUCUAUAAGAAUAAUCGCCUAUGAAAAAUAAAAUGUAUUAUCGAGUGAAAAAUUGAGUCAAUAACAUCAUAAGUUCAAGAGCCAAUAAAAUCACACGGAAUCUCAUACGACAAUGAUCGAUGGUUUUUCAGGCUCAGUAGUAUUAUCUUGAUCAAGUAAAUGUAUUUUCAAAAUGUUUUAAACGGAUUAAAUUUUGCACAUAUUGAUGUACCAUAACUUAUACAAAAAAGGGAACUAUUGCAAGUUUGCAAUACUUGAAAGAACACGAUAAUUAAAGCUUAACAUUUUAAAUUGAUAUAAAAACGAAUGCGCAGUUGUUAAGAAAAAUAUAAUCCACAAAUUAUACUCGAUUAAUCGUAUUAAAAUAUCAUUGCAAAUUUUACGAAAAGGGUGCAAAGACAGGUUUUUUUGUGAAUCUUAGUGAAAUUGUGCACGAUAGAGUAGCAUCUCUUCGAGGAGAGAACGACGAGUAGUAUUUAGUAACAUAAGAAAUGUGCAUUUAAUUAAUGCUCAGUUGACAAUUAUCUCUAACAUUGUGCGAAUAAUUUAAUUCACACAUUAAUUACGACUCGUAGUACAACACGUUUCUUUGUGUUCAAAGAUAAAGAGGUUUUAACGCAUUCACAGCGACCCUUCGGUCGAGAUUAAUUUCACUCGGUCUGUUAAUUUAUGUAAGUAUUAUACUGUAUAGUAUUGUGUAAAUUACAAUAUUCCAUAAAGGAAGAGCGAAAAGAGAAAACAUCGUUAUAUCCCCGUGUACAUAUUACUGUGUAUAAUGUGCGUAUUUUUAUGUACAUUAGAUAUAUUAGAGGCGUCGGGUCGGAGACUAAUAUUUAGUCUAUGUGAUAGGAAAAGGGAUUUAUAUCCAAGAUGAUAUCGCCUUUCGAUACAUACAUUCAGUAUUAUCGUUUUACUAUUGCCUGGAAUUGCUAUAAAUGCGACUCUAUCAAAGAUAUCCGGUUCCGCUGAAAGAAUAUCACGCUUCUUUUCACGUAUGUUUUGUAGCAAACUGCGUUCGAGUCGAUCCGAUUAUGAUAGCACGAUGCACUCUUGUACAAGAAAAAAAAAAAGAUAUUACAACGUUAACGUCACGUGAUGAGCAUUAAUUCAUUCACUGUCAAAUUAUUUCAUUCACUUCGACUCGCGGUAGUUGCUUUACGAGUUUUAUCAGCGCGAUAAAGAAGAUAUUGCGAGAUUAUGUGAAAAUGCGAAAAUGUGCUCGCGUAUUAGCGAACAAAAAUUCUCUUAAGCCGUAUGCAUAUAUUUUGUUAUGCAAACGAGUACUUUAAACAGUGUUUAUUGAUCGUAGCAUCUAUUGCUCGUAGCAAAUUCGUUUUAUAAGAGCGACAUACCCUUUUUCUUUUUUUUUUUUAUAUACAUCUGUUUUAUUUUUUUCUAACGAGCACAAUAAUUGUAUUAUGGAAGGAAACGUGCUAUAAUAUAAAUACGCAGACAAUAAUACGCAAUCUCUGAGAGGAUACAUAAAGUAUUUUGUAUGUAAAGUUGAACGAAGUAUAUAGGAUCCCUUGUAUAAAGCUGACUUUUAUAAAUAAAAAUGAAAAUGACAUAUAUUUUAAAUCAUUUUUUUUCUGGAAGAAAAUAAUGUUGUAAGGAAAAAUGAUGCUGCCACUCGAUCGCCGGAUUGCAAACUCUUGUCUCGAUGUACUGUAUUCCAAAAAAUAUAGUCGUCUUUAAGCAUUGUCUAUAGUUUAAAAUAUAUAAUAUAGCGUUUGUUUUCCGUAAACUAGAAUGACGACAGACAAUAAUAGCAAAGGAAAAGAGAAAUAUUUUAUAUACAAUAUCGUAUUAAACUUAUAAACAAUAGAACUGGAUAUUUUAACGGAGAGAUCGAGCAGUGUACUUCGGAAAUAUGUUCCUGUGUCUACAUUAAAAUACAUUAAAAGCAAGGAAGAUGGGCAUUUUGAAUCGUUACAAUCAAUUCCGCAAAUACACUAGCGAUAUCUAUAAUUAAUUGCGGCAUGAAUUGUUGAGUUUUCUGACGACGAGCGUGAUAUAGCGCAAUGAUAUCCCGAUGUCUAACUGGAAUUAUGCUUUUAUCUGUUAAAUACGAAAUCAUCAAAAUCAGCAUAAUAUAGUAGAUAAAUAUUUUGAUGUAGAUCUCAUCGAAAUGUAAUUUUUGUAAAAUAUGUACAAAGAAAAAAAUAAGAUGUACAAAAGGAA